UGACAGUUUAUUUGUCAAGAAUUGGUUGAAUUGUAAUUUGUAAUAGGUUUUUAUAAUUGGAAUUCUAUUUACCAAAUUAUUUAAUGGUGGACAUAAAAUAACUGUUAAUAUGUUUGAUCCCCAACUUCCAUCUGGAUGUGGGUAAAUCAGACUUGCAAAAUCAGGGACUUUCUUUAACUAUGGCUGCUAAUGGAGAUGGCAGUGGAGGAAGCAAUGGUACUUUGUCCAGAAAUUUCCCUACCAGAGAAUAUGACUCGCUCAAGCAACAGAUAGAAAAAACAAACAAUGAACUGAGUACAUCGAGGAGGAGGUGUGAUCAUGCACUUAGUGACCUAGAUUAUUACCGUGAACAGCAUCGAGCUGUCAUGAACCAGUUAGAAGUAUCUUCCCAAGACUCCGCAUCGCUGCGCACUAAAUAUGCUGAACUCCUCAACGAAAAUAAGCAGCUGCAGGCAGAGAAUCAGCGUCUCUGCCAGGAGCUUGCUGAUCGCAAUGGCAACGCCUCUGAAGCCUUAUUCAUGUCUCACUCUCAAGCCUUGUCCAAAUUGGAACUCGCCCAAGAUGAGAAUGCUCGUCUUGCUAAGCAGUGUGAAGUACUCAGCCAAGAAAGGGGACAGGCGCAAAGAGACUUGAUUGGCCUGAAACAGCAGAUGGUGAAAUUGUGCAAGGAUUAUUCCAAGUAUAGGGAAUCGCAUCAGAAGCUACAGCAGCAAUACGAGGAGGCCGUGAAUGUGACCAUAAAGGCGAACAAGGAUAUUAAACGGCUUACUGAUGAGAGGAAUGCCACCACUGCCGAAUAUACACUGAUAAUGAGCGAAAGGCACACCGUUCACAAAGAAAUGGAGAAACUUAGCGACGACCUAUCUGAAGCGACGAAAAAGAACAAAAUCCUCGACGUCAACAACCAAGAACUGCAGGAGGAAAAACGGAAUCUCACUUAUCAACUAGAAUCUCUGAGACGAGAAAUUGCCAGCGCUCUCCACGAGCGCGAUAAAGCUUUAAAAGAAUGUAACGAUCUUCGAGAAAAAUUCGGAGAUCUGGGCGCCACUUCGGAAGAUGGUCGCUUGAUCAUGGGCGAUCAAACUAAGAAGUCACGUGGAAGACUGAUCGACAGCCUGGGGGCCAUCGGGGACGGGCAGAGCUGCAAGGAACAUUUGCGUGAGGAUGCUCGGUCAUUUAGUCAAAGGCAACGCCUGGACAAUUUAGACCAGGCCAACCAGGAACUCGAAUCUCUGAGAAAAAGUCUGGACAAAGCUCAAACGGAACUAGCAGAAGCAGUUCAGGAAGCAGAAGUAUCAAAAGGUCGUCGUGAUUGGGCCUUCAGUGAGCGAGAUAAAAUCGUACUUGAACGUGAAAGCAUAAGAACCCUCUGCGAUAACAUGAGGAAGGAACGCGACAGGGCUGUUUCCGAACUAGCUGAAUCUCUACGUGAAUCUGACGCCGUGAAAAAGCAGCGCAACGAAUUGGUGAAGGAGACCAAAGCUUUGAGGGAGGCUCUCGAAACGCACAUCGAAUGCGAAAAUAGACCGCUGUCGAGCUACGACCACAUACAAGAUUAUCCCAGAGGAAACACCGAGAUUGUGGAGCUGGAACUCACCUCGGCUGAUGAGGAGGGACUGGAGUUUGCCGGGGGAAGAGAUUUUUCAGGUAACGGUUUCGUGUACGUAGCCUCCGUAGCUACUGGAUCGACAGCUGAAGGAAAACUCUUCCAAAACGACCGAAUCUUGAGGGUGAACGAUGUCGACUGCAGCCAAACCUCCCUGAGAAUGGUCACGGAGGCCAUUCGUUCGAGCAUGCCCCUCGCUAGGGUGUUGGUGAGGAGAAGUAGGUCUGUCAGAACCGAAGGCAAGGGGGUCGAAGAUCAGGUCACCAAGUGGAUACAUACCGCUCGCCUAGUCCCGGGAUGCCACGGUCUAUCUCUGAAAAUGGGGGUGUACAUCAAUAGAAUCAGCGAAGGUAGUUUGGCAGCGAGGGAUAAGAGUUUGACGGUCGGAGAUAGGGUGCUCAGGUUAAAGCACACCGUUCACAAAGAAAUGGAGAAACUUAGCGACGACCUAUCUGAAGCGACGAAAAAGAACAAAAUCCUCGACGUCAACAACCAAGAACUGCAGGAGGAAAAACGGAAUCUCACUUAUCAACUAGAAUCUCUGAGACGAGAAAUUGCCAGCGCUCUCCACGAGCGCGAUAAAGCUUUAAAAGAAUGUAACGAUCUUCGAGAAAAAUUCGGAGAUCUGGGCGCCACUUCGGAAGAUGGUCGCUUGAUCAUGGGCGAUCAAANAACAGAAUUCUUGUUAANCGGCGACGUCAUCAACAUAACCACCCUGAAGAUGAGCUAUCCAGAAUGUCCGAACGUAUUCACACCUGUCAGGCGUCACAAAAAACAGACGCGCUGCUCUCAAACAGAAGACUGGCUCAUAGCGGAUUACAAGUAUGGUAACCAAGAGAAGAACAAUGGCGGCGCUUGGUUGAAGGAGAAGCUAGAUAUGAUGAGAGGUCCUUGGAGACAUUCCAAGGACGAUAAAAAAAAGUACAGGAACAGUUCUCCGAAUCCAAUAGAUUAUGGCCACGAACAAGCUAUUGCUGAGCUGGAUCUGGUUUUGGAGAGUUAUCAUCAUGGAACAGUGAAAAGAUCUGGGGGCGCCAAAAGACAUCAAUCUCAAACAAAAGAAGAGAAGAACAACGGAGGCACUUGGCCCAAAGCCCGAGCCGCUCCAAUCCUAACCUCUAGCGGAGGAACAGUUGUAACCAGAACUAAAGAGCGUCUACCACUAUCCCUGUUGGCCCCAAAAAAUAACCAACUGCAAGAUAACUACAACUACAGGAAUUCCACGCCCAUACCACUUUCGCUGGUGUCUUCGGCAGUGCCUGUCAAUUAUGCGAGACACUCUGUAUACAAGAGUGUCGACGCUUCACAUAACUUUGGCCUUGAGACGGAUUCCUUCGAGAGGUUGAGAUCCGGGAAUGCCACGAACAGGCAGAGCGUCAACAUGAACUCUGACAAUAGUCUAGACUUUCCUGUUCACAGAUUCGUGGAUAAAGAUGUGAUAUCUUACCUCAAAAAGAACAACAUAUCUGUUAUCCCGAAAUAUGGAUCAGGUUCAGAAAGAGACAGCAUAGUAGGGGGCCACCAUGAUGUAAAUUCUUCUUCACACAGCAGGGGACACAGUCAAUUAUUUGUGUCUCCUCGAGCUCACUACCCCUUUCAGCCUCACCAACACCCCCACAUCAAUCAGUCGAGGGAGAGUUUCAGUUUUGAGCCCUUCCACCACAUUUACAGCCCAUCUGUAGAUGCUCAGGCAGCACGGAGACAGCCCGAUUUACUGGAGUCUGGGGGGACAUUUCCGAGAAAAAACCAGAGAUUUCGUGUACCAUCAAACCCUAGUGUGACAAGCAAAGUCAGCACCGGCAGCAUAGAACGGGGGAGUUCGGAACGAGGCAGCCCUAUGCCAAUCAUCCACGUGGAAGUCCUUAGCAGUCCCGGCGACCAUUCAGGCAACUCUGCGGCCAGCCCAAAAGACUAUUGCCCUUGGGGCCACAAGCCGGUGCCUGGCGAGCUUCGACGCGUCCACAUUGACAAAUCCAACGAACCGCUCGGCAUCCAAAUCAACUGUCCCGAUACAGGCGGCAUUUUUGUUUCGACGGUCAAUGAGAACAGCCUCGCCAGCCGCGUGGGUCUUCAAAUCGGCGAUCAGUUGCUCGAG